AUGCUAAAGGAAAUUAAUGUUACUUCUAUCACCCUUGUGCCAAAGGUGAGUGUGCCUUCUAAAGUUGGAGAUUUCAGACCCAGAGCAUGUUGCUCUAUUCUGUAUAAGUGCAUCUCUAAAUUAUUGUGUGAGAAGUUAGGAGUUGUGUUUCCUGAUAUCAUCUCCCAGAAUCAGGGGGCUUUUGUUGCAGGAAGAUCAAUUCUGCAUAAUGUUCUCAUCUGUCAAGACAUUAUAAAGAUGUACAGGAAGAAGUGGGGUUUCAUUCAAGAAGUUAUGCAGUACCCUGGAGUCUCCACCUUUCUUCAUCAAGCUGAUUAUGACCUGUUUGACAACCACUCAGUAUUCCAUCAUGAUCAAUGGGGUUCCUUCAAAUCUAAUCCACCGAAAAAGAGGAUUGAGACAGGAAUAAUAAAGACAAUGGGAGAACACCCUAGCUUUAAGUUCUACUCUAGAUGUAGACCUCUAAAGCUGAACCAUCUGUAUUUUGCUUAUGACUUGCUUAUGUUCUACAAGGGAGAUAAGGAUGUGGUUGGUUUGAUGAUGGAAGGUGUUGGGGUUUUUCCGAUCAGCUGA